AAAAAUUCCUUUAAGUUACUUGGGAUGCAAUGGUAUUGACGAUGUGAGAGUCCAAAUAAGCUUUUCAGCACUUUGUGUCUUGAACGGGCCUGGCUGGGCCCUGCCGAGGUUGGGGUGCCCUUGGCCCUGUAACACGAGGUUGGAGUUUGCCUGGGGGCUCCACUGUGGCUCGGCAAUCUGUGCUGCCACCGAAGGGCUUGUGACUGGAGACCCCACAGCAAGUCCAAGAUGGAUUGGGAUUUGAACACAAGUGCUCUGCAAAGCUCAUACUCUUUUCUUUACGAGAGUAGCUCUCAUGCUUUCUCACUAACCAUAAUGCAGAGGGAAUGUUAUCAAAUUGCAGCACAAAGUAAUAGGGGAUAUAGAGGAGAAAGGAAUGAGCUCUGUCCGGAUGGCUGAGGGGAGGAGAUAGUAAAUACGUCCAAGUCCCUGUCCAUCCAUGGAGUGUGGUUGUCUGCUGCUUCCUCGGGUCACUUAGAACAGAUUCCCAAAGAGGAAUUUAGUUUUUCCCAGGGUCUGAUACUUGAGGUCAGGAGUCCUGACAAUGUUUAAGUAUUUAUUUCUUUGAAACCUUGAGACCAUCAGGAGAGGGAAGGAUAUCAAUGGAGCAGGAAGAUAGAGGACGGUGGCCAAACGAGUCCUGACUACAACGGGCUGAGCCCCGGCCGAUGCUAAAACCAGACCAGCCUCCCAAACGGUUUCCAGAGAUGGAUUACCUUACUUUCUUCUUGGCUAUUCUUCACGUAUAUGGAGCUCUAUGUGAAGAGAUGUUUUGGGACACAACUGUUAAACUUGCUGAGAAUAUGAGUCUAGAGUGUAUCUAUUCAUCACUGGACACCUUAACCCAGAUGGAGUGGCUCAAGAUCAAUACAACGAACAGAGAGCUCAUAGCCAUUUUCAGCCCUACUUACGGUUUGAGUGUAAAACCUCCCUAUACUGAUAGGGUUUACUUUUUAAAUUCCACCAUGGCGCCUAAUGAUAUGACCCUGUCCUUUCAUAACGUCUCGGAGGCCGAUGUUGGCUUCUAUUCCUGCUUUCUUCAUACUUUCCCACAUGGACAUUGGGAAAAGGUGAUCCAGGUGGUUGCAUCAGAUAGGUUCGAGAUUGCUGUGCCAUCAAAUAGCCACAUCAUCUCAGAAGCUGGGGAAAAUGUCACACUCACCUGUCAGCUUCCAGGGAAGUGGCCAAUACACCAAGUUACGUGGGAAAAGAUCCAGCCCCAUCAGAUCGACCUCUUGACUAGCUGCAACUUGUCCCAAGGGAAAAGUUAUACUUCAAAGUACCAAAGACAGAUACUGAGCAACUGUAGUCAGGGCAUGAGAAGCACCUUCAUCAUCAUGCCCCAGGUCAUGGCCUCUGACUCAGGACUUUACCGCUGUUCUUUCAAGGCCAGCACAGGAGACAAUGAAACCUUUGAAACGUUCGUGAUGACGUUGACUAUAACCGAUGGUAAAACUGAUAACCGGUACAUUCUCUUUGUGGCCGGUGGGAUGGUUUUAUCAUUGCUGUUUGUUAUUCUAAUUACCACCGGCAUCAUCGUUUCUUACAACAGGAGAAGGAGACAGAAAAAACUAUUUAAAGGGUCCUGGAAUGCACAGAAUAAGGCAGCCAACAACUACAGAAAUCCUGACUCUACCAAUCAAUCAGCGGAUGGUGCAAGAGAGGAUAUUUAUGUCAACUACCCAACCUUCUCUCACAGGCCAAAGACCAGAAUCUAAGCUUUUUCCUUGAUCUGAGCAAAUUUAUGACGACUGUUAUGUAUGUAGAUCUUUAUAUAAUUUUUUCCCACUACUCAGUGCCUACCCUGGAUACCAAUUGGCUAAAUUUAUUUAAUUUGAUAAGAAAAAUACUUUAUAACCUGGAGAAUAAGAUUCUUAACAGAAAUAUUUCAGAAAACCUGACUCUAAUUAGUAUAUACAUAAAGGGAAACUUACUGAGUCAUGUAAUGGAACAAUCCACAGGAGAUCAAGCUUCAGGCAAGGGUUAUUUACCAAGGUUUAAAUGUCAUGUUUAGAAUUAAGUAUGGGCAUAAACCUGUUUCUGGGUCUCCUUUCCUGGUGUUUGAUCCACUUUAUUGCUGUUAGCCUAACUCUUAUUCACAUGUUUCCCUUGUGUUUUCAAAAACUCUUGGCAAUUCAUAAUCCUGUUUUUGCCUGGUAGAGAGUUUACUUCUCUGAUAAAGCAAACAAAUUUGGUUAUUUGUCCAUCAUUAAACAGGCAUCAUGGCUGGAAAGGAUGAUAUGGCUUAAGUCAAUUAAGGGUUCACCUCUAGAACCAGGACUGAGGCCAAAGCACAUUACUGGGAAAUUCAGAGUAUCAUUAGAGGAGGGAGAUGGGGCCUGGAAGCUGGGCUGGUGACCAAUGAACAUGGACUGCAAUGCCAUUCCGAAACAUCUCUUGUUAGCCAACUAAAAGGAGAAUAUGUGGAUGGAUCUGGGUUAGCUCUCUCUCUCCCUCACUUUAAAAUCUGCUAUAUCACAUUGUCCAGAAGAGUAGUUGGCAGCAGAAUGAAUCAAUGAUCAAGAGGAAGAUAAAUGCGACAGGGAAAUCUCUUCCCUUUCUAUUAUCAAAUAAGGUAAUCUCUGAUUCUGCAUGGAAUUCUUGCCACUCUCCCUGGCUUAGCUUUAUGAGCAAGUGUAGUAGAUUGUCCAAUAAUAACUUAAUGUUUUUGAUAUUGAAUGUUUCUACUUUUGAGAAUUAUUUUAAAUAUAUAAAUCCUCUCAAAAGAGUCAGGCAUCUAGGCAUUAUUAGUUGUUCUUUUUUUAAAUAAUUAU